CGAUUCUCAGUUUCUUCGGAUAUUCGAAGCAUCAUGCCAUGAGAAAUUCUUCGUCUCCCACUAUCGAGCCGAAACUUACUACUUUCCUUUUCACUUUCUCUGUUGACGGAACUUAAAAUCUCACGCUUAGUCCAUCCCGAACUUCCUAUGCGCCUAGACACUUCCUUUCCCGGUCCGUCUCCGUUCUCUUCGAAGAGAAAGAUUCCGAACAAUGUUGUUGUCCGCAUUUUGAUAAACAGUUAGUGAACUUAACUUUCUCCCUCGUUCGACAUUCGAUAUAUAUAUAGAAUUGAAGAAGAAGAAACAUGAAAAUGAACGAUUAAAGGAUAAAGAUAAUUUUUAAUUUUUUUAAAUCUCUUAAAAGUCAUAGACAAUCGAGUAUUGCAUAAUGGGGAUAUACACAAAGUCCUUGUUCGAGAAUCAAAGUACGCAGAGGAAAAGUAAUCAGAUACUUUCGACGAAUGUGAUACAACAGAUGCAUCACGUGUCGAGGGAGAGACGAGGCGAAACGUACGGAAAAUUCAAAGAAUUUCGCGGUUGUACCAUUUGGCUGACAGGAUUGUCCGGGGCUGGAAAGACUUCCAUAUCGUUUCAACUUGAAAAUUACCUCGUCUCUCAAGGUAUACCAGCGUACAGCAUCGACGGAGACAACGUGCGGCAUGGGUUGAACCGGAACCUCGGUUUCACCAAGGAAGAUCGCGAGGAGAACGUUCGAAGGGCGGCGGAAGUGGCGAAAUUAUUUUCCGACUGCGGUAUAAUAACAAUCUGCAGCUUCGUUUCGCCGUUCGAAGCGGACAGGAGAUCGGCAAGGAAGAUCCACGAGGAUUUUAACCUGAGAUUCUUCGAGAUAUUCGUGCAAGCGUCGAUGCAGACCUGCGAGGCGAGAGACGUGAAAGGCCUUUACGAGAAAGCUAGGAAAGGGAUGAUCAAGAGCUUCACGGGGAUAGGACAGGAUUACGAGGUACCAGUGAACGCGGAUCUCGUCGUGAACACGGAGAUUCACGAUUUGGAAACGUCCACGAGAUUGGUGAUCGAGUUCCUGAAAAAGAAGGGAGUGGUUCCGCCUAUAAGAGAGAAAGUCGAGGAAUUAUUUGUGGACGAGAAGAGGAUGGAAGAGGCGAGGAGGGAGGCGGACAGUCUUCCUAGUAUCGAAAUCACCGAUGUCGAUUUGCAAUGGGUCCAAGUGUUGGCCGAGGGAUGGGCAACCCCGCUUAGAGGUUUCAUGAGGGAGGACCAAUAUUUGCAGUGUCAACAUUUUAAGAUCAUCGAACAAAAUGGGGAGAGUGUCAAUCAAUCCGUGCCCAUUGUGCUUCCUGUCGACACGAAUCGAAAGGAGAGGCACGCCAACGCGUCGGCCCUCGCUUUGAGGCACGAAGGCAGAGCUGUGGCGAUUUUAAGGAGACCAGAAUUCUUUGCCCAUCGAAAGGAAGAAAGAUGUUGCAGAGAAUUCGGGACGAACGAUCCGGGUCAUCCUCACGUGAAAAUGAUCCACGAGUCGGGUGAUUGGCUCGUUGGGGGGGAAUUGGAGGUUUUGGGGAGGAUCAGAUGGAACGACGGGCUUGACGGGUUCAGGCUCACCCCUAACGAGAUCAGGGAAAAGUGCGGAGAGAUGGGCGCCGACGCUGUCUUCGCAUUUCAGUUGAGAAACCCGAUACACAAUGGCCACGCACUUUUGAUGCAGGAUACAAGAAGAUAUCUGGUCGAGGAGCGAGGUUUCAAGAAACCAGUUCUUUUAUUACAUCCUCUGGGAGGAUGGACAAAAGAGGACGAUGUGCCAUUACCGGUAAGGAUAAACCAACACCAAAGCGUUCUCGAGGAAGGCGUGUUACACGAGGACACCAUCCUCGCCAUAUUUCCAAGCCCGAUGCUUUAUGCUGGACCCACAGAGGUGCAAUGGCACGCAAAAGCAAGAAUGAUGGCGGGCGCGAACUUUUACAUCGUUGGCCGUGAUCCUGCUGGUUUACCGCAUCCAGACAAGUCAAAAACUCCGGACGGAAACUUAUACGAUGGAACGCACGGCUCCAGAGUACUGUCGAUCGCGCCUGGUCUUCAAAAUCUCGAAAUAAUUCCAUUCAGAGUGGCAGCUUACGACAAUAGAAUAAAAAAAAUGGCGUUCUAUCAGCCAGAAAGAUCUCAAGAUUUUAGUUUUAUAUCGGGAACUAAAAUGAGAAAUCUAGCAAAAUCUGGUGAAAAUCCGCCACAAGGAUUCAUGGCGCCAAAAGCGUGGCAAAUUAUUGCAGAUUAUUAUAAGAAACAACUAAAUAAAGAAGCGUAAUUAAUUUCUCAUAGAUAUAAUAUAAUUUUCAUAUAUACAAAGGAUUAUUUUGCACUAAUCAUAUAAAUAAUGUAAUAUAUAUGUUUAAAUUUAAUUAAAAAUAAAAAUAUUUCUAUACAAAGUGA